CAUCUUCAAUGCAUUCAGUUUACUCAGUCCCAGAAAACAUCACUCAACGUUUUUCUCUGAUUCUCUCCUAGACCUCCUUCUCUCUCAACCCAUUACCGAUUUCGGAAAAAUAUAGAUGCUCCACUUUUUGCUACAGCUUUGAAUUGAAUGGGUGUUUAAUUUUAUGGGAAAAAAGUGUGAUCUUUGUGGACCAUUCUUCAAAUGGAAAGUGGGAAGAAGCCAGAAACCCUAGAAGAGGGUUUCUUGGAGUCGAAUUUGAGUCGGGAUGAAUUAUUUUGUAGUGAAGUCCUAGAAGAUGGGAGCUUCGUUGGUUGCUUGGCUGAUGCUUGUAGUAGUCAAAAUGAAUUAAGAAAUCUUGGAUUAGCAAGGCUCUUCGGUAAGGAUGGGGUUGAUGUUGUUGCUGAAUAUGAUAGGAUGAGUGAAGUGUCCGUGUUUGGUUAUUCCGAUGAACAGAUGUUGGUUCCAUUGCAUGGGAAUGAUGUGUGCAAUGAUGAUUUUCCGGUGCUCAAAGAGGAGUUGACAUUUAGUGGGAAUGAUGGGGAUCAGAGUGCCAAGGUUGAGGAAUAUGUGGGAAAAAUAAGUGACACUUUACAUUGUGAUGAACGUUUUCGCAAUGGGGAGGUUGAGGCUCCUGUGGAGACGUGUGAUGAUGUGUUGCACCCUCAUGAUCCCGGAUCGCCAACAAAGAUAGAAGUUUCUGGAAACAGCAUUAAUUUGUUUGUGGAAGUUUUUGGUCCCUUGGGUGGAAUUUCUGAUGAUGGUUUGGACCACCCUGUGCAAUACACAUCAGGGGAGAGUGACUUCAAGCACGAUUUCUUGCCCAAUGAAAAUGGCACCCUCUCUAAUGGUAAUAGAUAUUGGAGCUCCAUGUAUGAAAAAGAUGAAGACAUUAUUGGUGAAUGUGAUCGCACGUUUGAUAAUGGUGAUAUUGUAUGGAUUAGAACCAAAACCCAGUCAUGGUGGCCAGGUAUGGUAUGCUAUCCUUCGCCAGCUCUGAGAGAUAUGGCAAAGCUCAGAUACCUUGUUAAAUACUAUGGCACUUCAAGUAUUGUUUGGUGUGACAAUACUGAUUUAAGGCCUUUUGUUGAGUACUUUGAACAGAUUUCGGGGCAAAAUAACUCCAGAGUCUUUUUUAAUUCAGUUGAGAGGGCUGUAUGUGAGAUUGGGUUCCGUGUGCGGUUGAAGAUGACUUGCCUGUGCUUUGCAAAGGACAGUCAACCACUUGAUUCCCAGUGGUCCUUGAAAACUAAAGAAGAAAAUUUUAUGUCAAAGCAGAAAGCAAGCAUGUUUGAUGAUAUGUCGUUAUCUCAGUUCCAACCUGCAACAUUUGUUGCAGAAAUCAGGGAUCUUGCCCGAUCCAUACAUGUACCUGGUAAAAUUGAGUUGAUGGUCAUGAAGAGUCGUGUGUCACCAUUCUAUCGUUCCAUUGGCCAUUUUGAGUUGCCUCUGCAGCUGCUCAGGUCAGACGUGAAUGAUGAAAACCAUAUGAAUACGUAUGGAGUUGGUGGAAACUCUGCGGAAGCCAAUGGUGGCAUUGUUACUAAAACCAGGACGUAUAGGAAGAGGAAGAAUCCUGAUGAUAAAUUAACGUCCUCAGAUAAAGGCAUGGAAUCGCGGGAAAGGAAGAAGAGCAGAUAUUUAUCUUAUCCGUAUGUGGAUGCGAUCAAGGGAGGGGAAAAAGAGGGUCUGGCGCAAAGUUCCGGCCUACAGGGUAGUUGCAGUGGCUUGGAUUCACGGAAGAGAGGUACAAACAAUCCUUCCAAGGAACGGCAUAUAGUCAGCAAAGCAGAUGACAUUAGUGCUUGUUCUGCCGACUUGCUUGCUGAACUUUUCUCUUCAGCUCGUGAUUGUUCUUAUAUAAGCAGAAGUAAAUAUUCCGAUUCACUCAAGAGGUUCUACUGUAGUUUCAGAAUGUUUGCCUUUGUAGAUGCUGAUAUUGCCUCCGAGGUUGGUGGGGACCAGCCAGCACUAGUUCUUGAGGCUGACGAGCAGGUGGGAGGAAGUAAAGUGUUGAAAAAAUCGAAGAAACAGAAAGCCAGCACUGCAUCUGCCAAAGACUCUGUAGAGAAUGCCGUAGAUGGAAAUCAGAAAGCGAAAGAUAUGGUUGUUCGAAAGAGGGGUAGGAAAAAGGAGCAAGUGACAAAUUCUGUAGAACAGAUGACAGGUAUUAGAGUUGGGAAAGAAUCUGAGAACCAUGAAGCAAAUCUUGCACCGGGUAGUUUAGAAAAUGCCAACACUGCAUCUGCAAAAGAUAGUGUAGAGAAUGCCGUAGAUGGGAAUCAGAAAGCGAAAGAUAUUGUUGUUCGAAAGAGGGGUAGGAAAAAGAAGGAGCAGGUGACUAUUUCUGUAGAACAUAUGACAGGUAUUCGAGUUGGGAAAGAAUCUGAGAACCAAGAAGCGAAUCUUGCACCGGGCAGUUUAGAAAUUGCCAACAAAACAGAAAAUCUGCUAGCAAAACAGAAGACUAACGAAGAGAGAGAAAAAAGCACACCAGCAGGUUUGCAGUCUGUACAAAAUCCUUUGCCAAACAUUUACCCGAAAAGCCCAUGGAUGAUUAGCUUCCAUCAGGCUUGCUCAAAUCUAUUCAAAAGCAGCAAAACUCCCCAAAAGAGGGUCGGGUCAACUCCUGGGCUAGCUGAUACAAACUCGAUUCCUAUAUUACCAGAUUUGAAUGGAAUCCAUCCAGCCUUUCCCGUUGUUCAUAUACCGGUUGGAGUGCCUACUUCGAAUGCAGUUACUCCCAUGGAUCAUAUACCGGUUGGAAUACCUACUUCAAAUCUAGUUAUUCCUUUACCAGAUAAGAAGAUUAAGAUGGAAGGGUUAGUCUCUCCUACCAUAAAUGGUCUUCACCACAUAAACUUUGCCUCAGAUUCAUCAUCCAAGGAUGUGCCACCGCCCUUCCAAAACACCUCGGCCAUUAAUGGAGUGACUGACAUUCAUCAAGGUCUAAAGGGGGACUUUACAGCCCAAGCACCGAAUCCUGUUACAAUGAACUCAUUUAUUCAGCACUCACUUCAGAUGGGAAGCUUUCUCUCUUCUGGUAAUCCCAAACCUAGGAAACGAAAGAGAAAAGAGAAGACCGCUUGUCAAGUAGCUCCAAGUAUUCCGGAUUUGAAUGGCAAUGUUUUGGAUACGACCCAAUUGAAUGGUAAUGUUUUGGAUACGGCCCCCUUAGGAACAGCCACACCCGAGGGGAGUCAUGUUCCACCUGAAGGUCAACCUCAGAGGAAGAGGCGAAAUAAAAACCAGAGUGAUGAAUCAGAUGGUGGCAGUGUUCUUCUAAACUUUGCCCCAGGAAGCGUGCCUCUCAAAGAAACGUUGGUAGCAACAUUUUCCAGGUUCGGAUUGUUGAAGGAAUCUGAGAUCGAGUUUGCAAGUGAUAAUAGCGUCAAGAUUGUAUAUGAGAGAAGCUCUUAUGCUAGAUUUGCAUUUCGGAGUUUGGAGAAGAGCCAUGGAUUUGGAGAAUCACUCCUCAGUUUCAAUCUUGACAGCAGCAUGCCAGAUCUCCCAAAGCUGAUGAUUAAAACUAGUCCGCAGCUGCAAACCUUUGUGCCUGUGCAUGUGGGUGCGUGCAAGAACCGAACCACCAAGGUUGGAGAAGCGCCUGACAUUGCUCUCAUAAGGCAGAACGUGGAAAUGAUGAAAUCGACUCUGGAGAAAGCGGGCAGUAAUCUUUCUCAGGAGAUGAGAGAUAAAUUGGAGAAGGAGGUCGAAGGUUUUCUUGAGAAAAUCAGCUCUGUGGCAGGCUCCUCUUAGUGUAUGCUAGUUUUUGAUAAUCCUAGUUGUUGUGGCUACAGCCUUUUCCCACAGUUUUUGGGGAGGUUGAAAGCAGGGAAGAGGUUUUUUCUGCUGCUAGUAUUUUUUGAACUUGUAGUUUGCUGCUUUUCCCUCUCCACUAUCAACCCUCAAAAUCUGUGAGUUGCAGUAAUUAAUUCCAUUGAAAUAUUAGUUGGAUAAA